AUGAAUCUCCCUCGUCCACCGCCCGUCCCCGGCCUAAUCCGCCGGCCGGUGGGUCCCUCUCCGUCACCUCUCGAUCCGCCUGGCAUACCCUCUUCUUCUUCCGACGGAGUCGUUGUGGUGGGGUUUCUCUCACGAAGACCGGACGAUUCUUCGCAGCUCAUUAACCAGUUGCUUGAUAGCAACGCCUUCGGGUCUGGAAAUAUGGCCAAGAUCCUUCCCGUCGAUGAUAAAUCCGAUGUUCAGGAUUGGUUUAGGUUUCGGAGGAUUAGCUAUUACUACGCAGAGGAGAAAGGAAUCGUGUUCGUGCAGUUCUGCCCGGCUUUCGAAUCCGACCACGAGUUUGGUGAUCUUCAGGGCUUGCUAUUCAUGUUCUCUGCGAGUGGUAUAACUGAACUGUUGUUAACAAAACAACUUAGGUGGAGUAACAAUGUGGGUUUAGAUAUGUUGUCAGCUCUGCAGGUUUGCCAUGUUAUCAUAAACAUCCAGGAGGGGUCGCGUUUUGAUACCCAGCUCCUGAAGAAAUUUCGGGUCUUGCAAGCUUCUAAACAAGCGCUAGCCCCAUACGUUAGGUCUCAGAUCGCUUUACCUUUGAUAUCAAGAUCGAAUACUUUACAUCAACCACACUCAGCUUCGUCCAGAGGUGGGGGCAUCAUACGUCGAAGUGCUUCAUCUGUGUCUCUCAAGUCUGGGGGAGGCUCCUACACUUCUCUGUUCCCUGGUCAGUGUAGUCCCGUGGCAUUGUUUGUGUUUUUGGAUGAUUUCUCAGACAUGUCAAAGGCCAGUUCUAGUGCAGAUGAUUCAACAACCACUUCAUCUGUUAAUAAUCAGUCUGCAAACUCCGGAAAGCUUGCUAGGUCGGAGUUGCCAACAAAAACUUCUGGUUCUGUAGUUGUCUUAUCUCGCCCAGGAAGUAAAUCUGAAGGGGGGUUGAGGAGGAAAUUACAAUCAUGUCUUGAAGCACAAAUUAGGUUUUUGAUUAAGAAAUGCAGAACCCUCACAGGCUCCGAUAUCAGUCAUGUUGGCACAAGAAAUGGGAGCAUUUCGAAUUGUGCACCUCUAUUUUCGCUUGAUGCAUCAAAGGCUGUCAUUCUCUUAGACCGGUCUACAAAUAAGAAAGCAGAGGCUUUGGAGUUUGCCUCUUCUCUUGUUGAUGAUGUUUUGAAUGGAAAGGCUAAUUCAGACUCUCUUUUGCUUGAAAAUAAUUUCCAGAUGUCUACCAAAGAAGAUGUGCUAUGCGUGAAAGAAUUCAUCUACCGGUGCUCUGAUAUUUUAAGGGGUAAAGGAGGUUUGGCUGCCAAUUCAAGUAAUGCUGGCAUUGGAAUGGUCGCAGUUGCAGCAGCAGCAGCUGCUGCCUCAACUGCGUCCAGAAAAACAUGCAGUGCACCACAGUUGCCCCAACUAGACGAAUGGCUCUCUUGCAGCCAUCAAAUUCUACGAGGAAUUAUAACUGCGAAAAUUGUGUCUACUGAUGAAAUUGAUCUUGGCAAGAAGAAAUAUCGGGAAAGAAACAUGUCCACGGUGAAGGAUGAAGCAAGGUCAUCAAAAGGCCCAGAAACUCUUGAUAUUGCUGUCUCCUUGCUGGGAAGUGGAGAUGGUCUCAGUUUGAAUUUUUCAUCCUUAUGGUGUGAAAGAGCCCUUCCAGCUGCUAAGGACAUGUAUUUGAAAGAUCUCCCCGCUUGUUAUCCUACUCUAGUGCAUGAAAGACACCUACAAAAUGCUUUAUGUAUUUUCCGGUCAAUGGUUAGAGGACCCUCGGUGAAGCUGUUCACCAAGAGGUUAGAAGAUGAGUGCGUAUCCAUCUGGGAAUCUGGGAGGCAGCUGUGUGAUGCUACCAGUUUAACCGGUAAACCAUGUGUGCACCAGAGGCACAAUAUCGUGGACGAGGAAGUUUUCCCUGGUGCAGAAGUCAAGUCCCAUUCCAGUGGAUAUGUUUUUCACCACGCAUGUGCUUGUGGCCGUUCACGGAAAUUACGUGGUGAUCCAUUUGAUUUUGAGACUGCAAAUAUAUCUUUCAACUGCUUUUCCAACUGUGACAAACUUCUUCCCAGUGUUAAGCUACCUGAAAUAGCUCAUACAGGGCCCAUAAUAUCCUCGUCAUGGAGUCUAGUUCUAGUUGGUGGUUCAAGAUACUAUGAACCCUCAAAAGGUUUACUUCAAAGUGGGUUUUCUGCAAUCCAGAAAUUCCUUUUUAAAUUGGUACUAUCAUCACAGAGAGAAGAUGCGCCAAGUGAUUUGUUGGUUAGGGAUUCUGAGAAGGCUAGGACAAUCAGAACUAACGUUGACUCUGCACUGGUUACCUCAGGGCCAUUAACUCGUAGAGAGUCUGUUGGUAAUGGUAGUAGUGGUGACAAGAAAAUUAGUUUUGGUAAAGGCCUUCCCAAUUUAUUAAUGAGAAAGCCUUUCUCAGAGGUUGUUGCUGGAUCAAAGAGUACAGAUUUAUUAUUUCCUCCCCUUCAGCCAAGCAGGCAGCCUCCUCUUGUCUUGGAAAAGGACUCCAAGCAAAAGAGCCGGAAUGGUCAGAGUGAAGAGAGCAUUCAAGAUGCUUGUAAUCAAGAAUGUCAAGACUCGAAAGACAAUUCUCGUGAUCCGGAAACCUUAGGCAUGUCCAGAGGCAUCUCGGCGACAGUUGAUGGCCAUAUUUUGCAAAAUGGUAAUAAAGUAGUGCCAGUAAACAUGAAAGUUGGUGAGGAGGUUAUAUCAGACUCCACACAGAUUGCUUACAUAGGGUUUGAGCAUGAGUGCCCCCAUGGUCAUCGCUUCUUAUUGAAUACAGAGCAUCUUGCUAAGCUUGGCCCUUCAUACUCGUUCCCUGAAGAAUAUUUAGACCCUAAUUCAGCAGAAAGUUCAAAAUUCAAGAAUGACACUUUGAAGCUAGAGAAAAAUAUUGUUUAUGGUAAAGGCCGCCGAAAGUCAAAUAGGAUGGCUACUGGAAUGAAUAGGAUGAAAAACAUGGAUAGGUCAAAUCAAGUGGUUUCAAAAGAUGGUAUUAUCCAUGUAAAAAAUGUAAAUAGGACUUCAGUGGAUGCUGAACGCAUCGAUCAACUUAUACAUAACUAUGGGGCAAACGAUCAUAUUAACAAUGCUGAAGAUUUUGGGGUGGCGUUUUCUAUGUUGGAUAGAAAUUUGCCAAUAUUUAUGAAUUGCCCACAUUGCUCAGCUGCUAUUUCAAAGAAAGAUUCUUCAAGUAUCAAGUAUGCUGGUACAAUAUCGCAGCUUCAAAGGAUCUUUCUGGUUACACCUCCAUUUCCUGUAGUGUUGGCGACCUGUCCAGUGGUAAAAUUUGAGGAGUCAUGUCUACCUCCCGCCAUCAUUGACCGUGAACAGAAGUUGCAGUUUAGCCUUGGUUGUCCAGUGAUUUUACCACCUGAUAGUUUUCUAUCUCUUAGAUUGCCAUUUGUAUAUGGUGUGCAACUAGAAGACAGAACACAACUUCCUCUUAUGCCUUGUGCACAAGAACCUGAGAAAACUGCCUGGAUUGCCAAGGGCACCGUGCUUCAGUUUCUAAAAAAAGAGAACAAUCUCGAUGUGAAAUUCCAGACGUAA